ACAUCAGUGCUACUAUUAAAAACCCUCCAUUUCUCAAUAUUCCUCAACGAAGCCUUUGGUGUAUUUGUGGAGUAAAAAUGGUAUCAUUGUAAGAGACAGGAACCUGAGCUGGCUGUAGUCUGUCUUCUCCUAGUAAAGGACAGUGUAUGAGUUCAGCAGUAGCAGCAGCAGUCGUGGUGGUGGAGGAGUUGGUGCUGGUGCGGCUCUGAGCCAUGGACCCUGAGCUGGAGGAGUCAGUCGUGGCAAUGGAAAGCUCAUGGACUCUUCUGUCAUGGUUAGCCUCGUGUGUUAUGGUGUUUGGGGGUGCAGUGCCAUACAUCCCCCAGUACCAGGAGAUCCAGAAGACCAGCAACACUGAGGGCUUCUCCACCCGCGUGUGCCUGGUUCUGCUCAUCGCCAAUAUACUGCGCAUCUUCUUCUGGGUCGGGAAGCAGUUUGAGCUGACUCUGCUUGUUCAGAGUGUGGUGAUGAUUCUCACCAUGCUGGCGAUGCUGCACUUGUGCUGCAAUGUCCAGCUUAGCAACCGUGUCAGCACCAAACAGCACCGCAUCACAGAUCUGGACGUGAGGUAUUUUUGGAGUUGGAGUGCUUUUGAGGACUAUUUGCUAUUCUGUUUUGGCUUCACGAUGCUGUGUGCCUUCUUCACGCUCUUCUUCCUCGACUGGGUGGUGUUUGUGGAGUCUCUGGGCUCACUGGCCUUGCUGUUUGAGGCCAUGCUGGGUCUGCCUCAGCUGUUGCAGAACUACAACAACGGCUCCACCCGUGGCAUGAGCAUAAAGAUGGUGCUCCUGUGGACUGCUGGUGACAUUUUCAAGACGACAUACUUUGUGAUUAACGAAAGCCCCGCCCAGUUCUGGGUGUGUGGGUUGACGCAGAUCUUGAUCGACAUCGCCAUCUUGGUGCAGGUCGGCUACUACGGCCUGGACUCCAGAGCUAAAGUGGGAUGAGGAAGACUUCUCCGAGUCUCCAGUGUCCAACAAGGGCUCCUUAAAUACGUGCAUGUGUGUUUCAUUUAUUUUCUUUACAUCGAAGCUUAGUUAAGUGUUGUUCUUGUUUUUUUACGUUAUUUAUAUUUUUAGUUACAUUGCUGAUGAGCAAAGUGCAUUGUUCCAAGAAAAGAGAAACUCCAAUAAUGUAUGUUCUGAAAGCUUUGCCACAAUUAUGUCUUAUUUCCUGCGUACAUCCAUUAAGUCUGAGCUUUGAGAAAGUGUUACUGAGCUUGGCAAACCACAAGCAAAGCCCCAAGCGUUUUUAGUGAAAUCUGAGCUGGCAGACGGCUCCAGUGAGAGAGUGCCAAAUUCAUCUGCAAAUCUGCACCACUUGAUCUACACUUUGGACUGUUCCACUGCAAACCUGUCCCAACCGCUCACCAUCCUGAAAUCAUUCGCUAAAUCCGCACCUGGCUCUACACGGAUGACAAGAAAAAGACCCAUUAUGGGUCUCAAAAUGGUCCUGUAUUAUUUUUUAUAAAACUUCAGGCUUGAGUAUGAUACUGUUACAGCUGACAGAUCAAUGAGAGUGACUACUGAAUCUGUAUGGAUUCAUUCAUUUGAAGACCAAAAACAAUAGAUCCACAAAUGAAUAAAUCCAUGAAAGGUAAACUUCAUAUUAUAUUUGAAUUGUGGAAAGAUUAUACCUACACUGCUGGAAGAAAAACAAUGUAAAUAUAGUAUAGUAGGCUUCUUUGGUUUUCCAGCCGUAGGGAAUAUAUAAAGGUCCGAAGUACCGCCAGAGAGAAAGUAGAUACUUUAAGUGAGACAAGUAAUGUUUUUUUCUGUUUGUUUGUAUUCAGAGGUGCCAACAUAUGCAGUUUAGCUGUAGCUACAUGUUGUUAUAGCGAUAUGUGAUACCCCUCGAAAUAAUGGAAAGGACGUAGAACAUAGAAAUCAUACAUUUGCUUCUAAGUGAACUUUGGCUUGAGAGUUCACACAGCAAACCAAGUAGACAAGAAUGUCAUCGUUUUAGUCAGUAAAAAAAGAUGUGCUUCUUGUUAUAAAGGAAGAGUUGCUUGUUAUAAAUAAGCAGCAAUGCCCGAGUGUUGCCUUACUGUUAUCUUCCUAUUGCGUGGUGCACAUCUGAGAGAGAAAAAACACCACCACCACCACCACAGUCUCGUCUACUGACAUACGUUUGUUCCAUGUACGUUUCUGUUGUAAAAUUCUGUUUUUUCUCUCGCCUGCUAGGAUUUUCUUAUUAGCAAUGUUGGCACCUCAUGUGUUUAUACCUCUUCACAAGAUACUUUCAUUUCAUCAUAAAAUGAAAUACUUUCAUUUUUUUUUUCCUGAAAGAUCCCUCAUUCCCACCCCACCAACACCACCACCCCACCACCCUAGAACCAUUUGGUUGUUGGUUUAAACACAGAACCAAAGGAUCAAAACAAAUGUAGCACCCUUUAAUUUAUUGGCCUUUUUUCUGACAGCUCACCAUGAUUUACUGUUUCCGUCUAUGAUUAAAAGAAAGCCCGUAUUCAGAAAAAGUGUGUUAUAAAUCCUAUGGAUUAUUUUCAGUUUUACAGUUUUAGCUGUAAUAGUGAAAAUAAUUCCAAAGUAGAUAAUGGGAAUCAUGAACCUUUUCCGCUACAUUAGCCCCUAAAUACUUUACUGGUUUAAUGGCAUAGAUAAUGGCAUAAAUACUGCUCAUGUGUUUACUGAUGCUAGAAACAGUAAGACUCAGACCAUCAUUUAUUGGUUGGAAAUGUUAAAAGGUAGUCUGUGAUGAGACUUCCAUCAGGAAGCUGUUCCACACCAUUAAGCCUCGUGCCAUUGCUGUGAGUGAGACACUAUUGAUCAUUGACCCUAUAACUCUGAAUCCUGCCCCAGUGCCUAACAGCUGCAGGGUACGUCUUUGUGAGCCCAAUAAGCCCUGCGGCAUCUCCCUUAUUUCCAUUCUCGUGUCUCACUGUUUGGAGAAAGAAAACGCUUCAGUUCUCUGUGUUUUUUUUCACACCACAGGGUGAUUACAGUGAACUGAGACGGUGUGUUAAACAAUGUUACACAAGGAUAGAGCUAUCUUAAUGGUCAUUUGACCUCAUGGAGAACUUUGCCUGGUCCCCAUAAAGAGGACUUCAGAUGAUUCUGUUUAGUUACUGAGUAUAAGGCUAGGGUUAAAUGUAGGGAUAUGUACAGCAUUCAUUCAGAUGUUAAUAUAGGAACUAGAUGGCCAAAUGUAUGGAUACAUGCACAUCAUACUCACAUGUGUUUGUAGAAAAAUCUUAUGUGUCCUGUUAUAAUACACUCCACUCUUCUGAGAAGGAUUUCCACUAGAUUUUGGGGUGGUUAUGGGGAUUUGUGCUUAUUCACCCACAAAAGCUUUUAAGUCAGGCACUGAUGUCAGGAGGUCCAGGAUGCGGUCAUGCAUAUGUACCAGUUCAUCUCAAAGGUGUUCAGUGGUGGUGUGGUCUGGGCUCAGUGCAGGACACUCAAAAGCUGAACUUUCGAACUUGACAAACCAUAUGUUAAUGGAGCAAGCUUUGUGCACGAAGGCAUUGUCAUGAUGGAAGACAUUUGGGCUUCUUAGUUCCAUUAAAGGGAAAUUGUAGCACUACAGCAUACAGAGGCACAUCUGAUAUAAUUGUGUGCUUCCAUCUUUGCACAUAUGGAUGUGAUGGUCAGGUGUCCACAAUCGUUAUGUGGCUAUAUAGUAUAAAUAUAUUUGUCUAAUUUGUCUCUAUAAGUAAUGACAUGAUGAUUGAAAACAACUGUUCCCUAUUGUUCACUAAUACAGAUCUGAUGCUGUCCCUCCAUCAAACCCAGCUGAACAUGUCUGGUUUAUCAUGGUGCUAUUUUAUUAGCUGUUACCAGUGUUUAUUUUCCCACAAAACAUAUAUCUAUUCUCUCGCUUAUUUCCUUUACAUUUAGCUUUUUACAUAUGCGGCGCUCUUGUAUGACGUACAUACUCAUAGAAUACAGAUAUAUCAUAAUGCAAAGCUUUUAAGUGCUCUAGUAACCAAAGAGAUUCUUUUGUCCAACAUUAUAAUGUCUCAUACACGUGUUUGCAUGACUGGUGAAUGGCUUAGCUUUUGAUUUAGUGGUGUGUUGUUGUGAUGAAGAUGUUUGAGAUGAGCAUGAUCAGUCACUCUGUGCGAUUGUGGUUGUUUAAUGAUGCCUUAAUAUUUGAUACUGUGUUGGACUCUUGUUACACACAAACUUUGAGAAAGUCUGCACUCCAAAAGACACAUAAAAAAAAAAACCUCUGUGAACUUUGUGUGAAUGUUUUUAUGAUGUUUACAUCAAUGAAUGCAUCGAUUCAGGAGCUGAUCUCUGUGCAGACUGAUGUUCACAUUAUGUCUCAUACUCAGCGAAAUGUUACUGAGAGCCAAUGAAUGAAGUGUUUUUCAGGGAGGACAUUUAUUAAACAAAUGAAACAAUGAA